CGGAAGUUUACAUUCCUCCCAUGAACAUGAAUGCAACAUUAGCCUGCGACUGCUGCUGAGCGGGGAAAUCAAAAGAGGUCUCAUGCGAACGGUUGCGGGCUAACGCCAUAAAGAAGAUUUAAUGCAAAAAGAAGACACGUGCUACAGCUAACGUUAGUGAGUAACAUGUGCAGCUCCAGUGACUCCACCAGCGACCUCGAUGAGGAGUUUCCUGUGUUUGACUUCCUCCAGCCGGGUCGACGCCACAGCCAAGCCUCCACGAGCCACCCAGAGAAACCGGCCUUGUCCCCAGCGAAGGGCGAUGUGGUCACACGUACGGCAGCGCCUGAUGUAAUGAUGAUAAGCAGCGAUUCCGAUGACGAUGCACCUUAUGUCCCUUUGGCACAGAGACUCAAACAGAGACAAGACAAUGAGAUUAGUGCCUCCUCCGCUGUCCCUAAUGGGAAAGAUGCUGAGCCCUCUUCGUCAUCCAAUCUGGCCGGUUUGCAGCUCUCUUGCCAGAAUGGCUUUUCAGAGAUUGAGCGGCCCCUUAGCUUCCACCAGGGGAUCUCAGAUGGCCCAGAUGAGAUGACAGCUUUCCCUCGGCGACGGCUGCUUCCCACACACACCUCUCCUGCUAAGAGGAAGCCUGCCAAGCGCACGGCGGAGGAGACCCAGGGCUCCAGGGAGGAGGUUCCGGGGCGGAGGCAGGCCAGGACGGGACAGCAGAGCAACAAGGAGGUGCUGAAGCAGGAACAAGAGAGACAGAGAGCAGAAAGAAAAGCUCUGGUAGAGGCUGCUAAGGCCUUGAGGCCAGAGGAGUGUAUCAAGUACAUGGUGGUGACUGUGGACCCAGCCCUCUUGCAGCUAGAAGGAGGCGGGACGCUGCUGGCGUCGGUGCAGGCUCUGGGCUGUAGCUGCGCCAUAGAGAAACAGCCCCUCCCACGCAGUGUCAGCUGGAUGAGGAGGGCUCCCUGUGCACAGCCAGAGGAUGCAGUGUGUGUCCCAGAGGCCCAGGUUGUGAUGCAGAUGACAGUUGAGGACUUCAUCACUCUGAUCCACGGCCACAUUCAGGAAGAGAGGCACGGCAGAUCUGGCUGCGCUCCAACGCUGACGUCCUGGGUGCAGGAGCAGCAGAGGCGUCGCCCCGGUAACGUCCUCAGCCUGGCGGUAAUCGACCUAGAGAAAUACUUCAGAUCCCAGAAGUCCCAGAGCCAGAAGCGGUUUCGGGAGGCGGUCGUGGGUGAGCAGCGGGGGGGAGGACACGUGAGGAGGAAAAGGAAGAGCGGUGGAGCAGAGCUGCGACCCGAGGUGUCCCGAGUGGAAGUAGAGGAGGCAGUGGUGCAUCUCCAGCUACACACUGGCGUCUCUGUCCGCUUCCUGUCAACCUGGAAGGACUUCACAGAUCACAUCACCAUGACAACCAAAGCGGUUGCAGAAGCCCCUUUCAAGCGAGAAAGGGAGGAGACGGGCUUCUCCUUCUACCUGGAGAGUGAGUGGGCGGGGGGGCAGCGGGUGGACAGAGCGGGGAAGGGACUGCUGCAGGUGUGGAAGAGACAGAUCCAACAGUUGAACAGAGUGAGUCCAGACAUGGCCUCAGCCAUCCUGGCAGCGUAUCCCUCGCCACAGCGUCUCCAUCAGGCCUACGGUGUGUGUGAGACGGAGGGCGAGAGGACCUCGCUGCUGUCCGACCUGCUGAUCCGCAGGGGGGAGGGCGUCACUGCCACGACCCGCCGCGUCGGCCCCGAGCUCUCCAAACGCCUCUUCCUCAUGAUGACCUCGCGGGAUCCUCAGCAGACUCUGGACGCCACCGUGUGACCGCACCAGUUUGUAGGUAGAAUUCAGCGGGAUUACAAUCCAUUUUUGUCAUGUG